AUGUUCAAGAAACUUGAUAAGCCCUAUUUUGAUACAAGAGAGGGGUACAAUGAAAGUUAUGUAGACUCUCUACCUCUGCUCCGGAAUAUUCCAGACUACAGACCCCCUGGGUGCGAGAACAUCACUUACCCCACCAGUAACACCACUGUCUCCGUUGUCCUGAAUUAUCAUAACGAGGUCCUCUCUCUUCUGCUCCGCUCUAUCUACACCAUCCUAGCUGCUAUUCCUCCGCAUAACUUAUGUGAGCUGAUAUUGGUGGAUGAUGCCAGCAAUUUCACUUCUUAUCCGGACCUGGAGAGGGUGGAGCCCCUUGUUUCUCAAUUUACUGUCUCUGUCAGGUAUUUCAGGUUUGAGACUAACAAGGGACUGAUUUAUUCGAGGGUUUUUGCAGCUAAGAAGGCUAGAGGUGACACUUUACUUGUUCUGGAUAGUCAUGUUGAGAUGAAGAAAGGAUUUCUGGAGCCACUACUGCAAAUCUCUGAUAGAAAUUACCGUGCUAUAGCUGCUCCAGUGUUUGAUUUCUUCGAGACCUUCAGGAUGGUUCACGAUGAUUACGAUGGUCAUGGUCUUGGAUAUGACGCAUAUCUCAACUGGGUAUGGGUCAUCAAAUAUUUCACUGGAACAGUGCCUUGGCAGAUACCUGGUAUUUUGGGUGGAGCAUUUCUAAUGACUAAGCGGCGACUAGAGGAAAUAGAUUAUUUCGGAAAAGGACUGGUGGGGUGGGGAGGUGAGAAUAUAGAGCUGUCUCUUAAGAAUCUGAUGUGUGGCGGGGAGAUCUGGGGAGUUCCCUGCUCUAGAUGUCUUCACUUUGCUGCUUCUAGGAAUCCAGAGAUCCACGGAGAUCGUGUCCACGCAUCCAAGACUAGUAAUGUUGUAACCGUUGCUAAAUCUUAUCUAGAUGAUCAUCAGUUUGAGGAGUUUUUGAAGGGGAGACCUGGAUAUCCAUAUGCUGAUGAGCGGGCUGUUGCAGAGAAUAAGAAACUGUUACAAGACUUGAAAUGUGAUAGAGAUUGGGAGUGGAUCAGGGAACAUUUGAUGGAUCCUGUUAUAGAGAGCUUCUCCUCUAAAACCCACAUUGCUGUAGGGUUGAUGUUUGGUGAGCAAUGCAUCAAGGUUGAGGGUGAUGAUGUUUUUAAACUUCAUCCCUGCGACAGUUCUCAGCCGUUUGUUAACCAGCUCAGACUUACUAAGAGGUUUGAGCUCAGGUGGGGUAAGCAGAGGUGUUUUGACAUCGGCGGGACUCCUACCAGAUUAUCCUUAUGUCACCAUCUAGAGGGACAUCAGAAGUUCCAUUAUUCUAUCCUUACUGAACAAUUGUCCAACAAGGCUCAAGAUACUUGUCUUACGUUCAAACCUGAGGACGCAACAUUAGCUUUUAAAAAAUGCACUAGAAACAGUCCUAAUCAAAAACUUCGUUUUAAAACAGUCUUCCUCCCAGAUUUGAUACCAUAG